AUGGGGCUCAAAGCGCAAGCCGACGGCACUUCGAUGGCCUUCGCCGCAUGGUUGGCGGGCGAGGCGGUGCACGGCGCUGGGCAGGCCGCGCUGCUGUGGGCAGCCCGCGGUGAGUGCCCAGCCUGCACGUGCGCUCCGGCCCUCACGCGCGCCCCUGGCCAGGAGGCGGCGCGCGUGGACUGCCCAGGCGGGUCCCCAGGGUGGGCGCUGUCAGCGGUGGCUCUCGCUGGCGUGACUGGCUUUGCUGGGGGGCUCCUGGCCGCGAGUCAGAGCGCGGGCCUGUGCCUCGUGAUGGCCAGCUCUGCAGCCGCCGCGGCGGCCAGUGGGCACCCUUUGGCUCUGGACGGACUCGACGAGGGCGAUUUCAUCCUGGUGCUGUAUCGCGUGGGAGGUGGCCGGAUCUGGCACGAGCGCCUGGUCCUGGCGUUUCAGACGGUGCCGCCCUUCGGGACAGGGGUCUUGACUCCAGAUGGGCACGCCUACGUGGAGGCCAUCAUGCAGAACGGGGCGGACAUCAGGGAGUACGCGAUUCCCGCUGGCGCCGCAGCCGGCGCCGUGGCUGCCGCCGCAGCUGGGGGUCAGGCGCUCCGGCUGGCGCUGGGCCUGCGGGGGCCCCCGCUGCGGGCGAGGCCGGCGGCGCUCCUGGGGCUCUGGGCGGCCUGGCAGGGCGAGCGGCAGCCCUCGGAGGCGGCCCAGCAGCCGCGCCAGCUGGCGCAGCCGCCCUUGUGCCAGUGGCGGCCGCACCUGCGCCUGCGGCAGGAGGAGCUCCAGCUGUCGUGCCCUUUGCCUGGCGGCGCCGCCGUGGCCGUGCCGGCCCCUGGGCCUGCCGCCGCCCCCGCGCCUGCGGCAGGUGGUGGCCCUGGUCCUGGUGGCGUGGCCGCAGCUCUGGCCGCCAUCGCUGGCGCUCCAGGAGGCGAUGCUCGGAUUCAGUCGGUUGCCUUCGACGCGCAGGGGGUGAGAUAUGUGGACUUCCGAGCUGCAGCGGUUCGCCUUCACGAACUGCCAUGGGGCGAUUGGCCUCUCAAGGGACCUCGCACGCUGCUAUGGGUGCUGAGCUUCAUAUGCCGCAAUGGGGGAACGCCCCUUGGCAGGCACACGAAGUGGGUUUCGGAGGGGUACCUGGAGGCGGACGAUCCUGGAGUCGACGCCCACUUGCUGUGCUGCCGCCUCCUGGAGCUGGGCGUGGUCUACGAUCAGCUCCACGUGACCAACAUUGCGGCCAUGGAGUUGGUCGGGCGGACCCUCCAGACGCAGGAGGAACUGUACCGAGACAGGUUCGCGGCGUCUUCGGAGUUCGGCUCAGACGCUGCGCUGGUGUCGGGUGCUCUGGACGCUGGCGGCAACGUGUGCGUAGCCCCUGCUCUGAGGGACUGGCUGGCCGCCGAGAAGGCACGCGAGGCCAACAUAGCCAAGGAGCGGCGCAAGGCCAUCAUGCACAUCACGGACAGCAUCGACGAGCUUGGGCGCCCGCCGUCAGAGUUCAUGUCUGGUAGCGCUGCCGAAGACGGAGCCCUCCGGGAGCUCCUCUCUUGCGCCAACCUGUACGGUACUGGCGCCGCGACGUCGACCCCCUACGUCAGCGACAGAGUCGCAUGGCCUGCCGCGGGUGGGACCCCAGUGGGCAUCGUCGAGCUGGUGCCGCCCGUGGAUAGGGUCUGGCUGGAGGGUUGGCGGAGUCAUAUGCUUCGAGAUCCGCGUGCUGCUGCUGCUCUGGCCAGGGAGGCAUGCCCGAAGGGGCCUUUUUGCGAUCCCGCCCUGAUGCGCGACGUGAGCACGUACGGUCGUUUUCUGAUUCAGAUGUACGAGAGACAGAUGGUCAACUUCGCGGCGGACUCCGGCAUGUACAUGUCCACGUGCGACCUGGAGUGCGCCUUCUACCACAUGAGGCUCCCUGAGGGCAUGGAGGUGAUGUUCACCUUGCCGCCGAUCUUGGCGGGGGUGCUUCAGGAGCUCGGCCUCAUGGACCUCGACUUCGACCCGUUGGUGUCUCUCUCGCCCCAGGAUGGCCAUCCAGGGGUUAACGUGGUUGAGAAGAAUGUUGUGGGGGUGGCCGCCUACGUCGAUAACAUCCUCGUCUUCGGCGGCUGCAAGUCCUUGGUGGAUGAGACUAUGACUAGGCUGGUGGGCACCUUCAGGAGGCGCGGACUUCCAGUGCACGAGAUCGAGCCCGCUGCUCUGGAUGCCGACUUCCUUGGCCUCAGCCUCCGCGGCGGAAGAUAUCUUCGCAUCAAGCCUCGGAACAUUUGGAGACUCCAUUCUGCGAUAUCCAGUUUGUUGAGGCGUGGAUGGUGCUCCGGCCACAUGCUCCGCGCGGUGCUUGGUCACAUCACGUGGACGUCGAUGAUCCGCAGAGAGGUGCUCACCGUGCUGCACAGCUCCUAUGGCUACGUCGGCGCCUUCGGCCCGAGGCACGGCAAGCUCUGGCCGUCAGUGAUCAAGCGGUGGCGCUACAAGGUCGAGGGCGGGCGCCAGGCUCGCCUGCGGUCGCUCAAGGAGCACCUGGGCAGCUUGGGGAGCCACGCGUUGAAGAAUCCAGAGGACAUCCAGGAGGCCGGCACCUUGGGCGUCCACGGUGAGGGCUUGGGCAUCCCUGUGGAGCACAACAAGACCGAGGCCCUGAGGUUCAGCAUGGACCCUUGGGAGCUCGACGAGGUACCUGGGCACAUUACACGCAAAGAAGCCUGGAAGAGCGUCAGUGCACAGUCGGUGUCUCUGGGGGCCAAUAUUCUUUACCUUGAGGGCGAGGCCUUAGUCACGUCUUAUCGGCACCUUCUUCGUAACUUGGGCAGUCACGGCAAGCGCAUGGUGGCCUUAGUCGACAACUUGCCCUUGGCUCUUUCUUGUACGAAGGGGAGAGCCCGCUCGAGUUUCUUGAGCUGGGUUGGUUCAGCGGCCACCGUCAUCUUAGUGAUGCUCGGACGGCUGGCCGGCGGCUGCGUCGCCCUCUCUGUCCUGCUCGUGCUGAUCACGAGGGCGGAGGCGAUGCCGCGACAGGGAUCGCGCACCCCUUCGGCCUUGACGAGACACCGCGCGAUCCUGGCUGCCAAAGCCGCGGGCGGGCGCACCGGCACGUUGGCCAUGAGCCUGCUGGAGCAGCAGGCGGUGAGACUGAACACAGAAGCCCUUUACCGGCAGCCGCUACACACGUUCGUGAGCUACUGUGCGGACCGCCACCUGGACUGGAGCACGUUGGGCCAGUUGGACUCGAUCCUGGCGGAGUACCUCACCGCGCGCCACCCGGCACAGAGGCUGACGCCAGACAGCAUCGUGCAGCCGUCCAUCGGCGCGGGCGCCGCGUACCAGUUCUGGGGCCUCCUGCUGCGCCCCGCAGACCGCGGCCAGGGCGGGAUGACGGGGGCGUUCGACGCGUCGAUCCCUCUCGAUCUCGACCUGUACCUCGUGCCGGUCCUCAUGGCGCUCCGCCUGAAGGGGCCUGUCGCGACGCCUCUGUGGGGAGUCAGUCUCGGCCAGCUGAACCUGCUGUUCUUUCUUGCGGCAACGACCCUGGGCAUCAACCACCUGCGCCCCCACUUGUUCAGGAUGAGGCAUGGCGGAGUGAGCUACGACCUUUUGACGCAGAGGCGAUCGAUGGAGCGGGUGUGCCGCAGAGGCCGCUGGGCCGUCAUGUCGUCGAUGCGGCGCUACGCGAAGGAGACGGCUCUUCUGCGCGAGCUUCAGGACGGGGCGGAGGGCGUGUACGCGUUCGGCCACCUCGUGGAAGGGCGUUUCUGCGAGCUGCUGGAGAUGGGCUUCCUCAGAAACUGGUGCCUCGCCCAGGUGCCCUCCCAACUAGUGGAGGCGAUGCAGCUCUGCGGCCCGGCGCGCGGCAGGCGCGUUGUGGUAGAGCUUUUCAGCGGUUCUGGCCACUUCACCGCCGCGGUGCGCCGACUCGGCCUCUCGGGUCUGGGACUCGACAUCAGGCGUGGGCCUCUCGAGGACCACCUCGACGCCACUUUCGAGGAGGUCAUCGUCGGAUGUAAGUACACUGCGCUCGCGGCUGCAUAUCCAGCUGCCCAUGCCAAUGCUCUCGCAAAUGUAAUCAAGCGCGCGGUGCUCAAGGCGCCGCAGCAAGCGAUGGCUAGACUCCCUGACAUUCGAGAGAUCUCGAGUACGUCUGCACAAGGCUUCUGCAGGAAGUCCAUCGCGUACCCCGCGCUCGAGUUCGCGAGUUGUCCAGGGAAUUCCAUGGAUGGCGUCAUGGCUCUGGACUGCGAGGACGGCGUCAUCGUUCUGGACGAGAAGCCGCUCGAGGAGUUUAAUCCCACCAGCGAGGAGGUGCGCAGUUACGCCGAGUGGCUCGGGCUCGACCCUGAUGCCGACGAGGGCCUAAUGUACCUGGCGCGCGAGGGCCUGAAGGCUCCUCUGACGGAGGGCUGGAAGGCCUGCCAGAACGCGGACGGCGAGAUCUUCUACUUCAACUUCCAGACGGGCGAGAGCACGUGGGACCACCCCUCGGACGAGAAGUACCGCCAGCUCGUCCAGGAGAAGAAGCAAGAGCAAGACGCCGCGAGGCGCGGCGGGGUGGGCGACACCCCCGUGCUGCAGGCGGAGGCGCGGCCCGCGGCGAGGAAGCGCCCACGGCGUGCGCGCGGCGCCGAGGGCGCGGGCCCCUCCGACGAGGAUGUCGGAGAAGCGGGGGGCGCUGCUGUCGACGGGGACGAGGCAUCUUCCGCGAAGGCGCAGGCGGGGCAGCGGCCGCAGAAGAAGCCGACGCGGGCGCAGCGGAACGCAAUCUGUUUCCGCUACUUCCGGGGCUCCUGCAAGUUCGACGACUGCAAGUUCCAGCACGUGGCCCCUGGCAGGCUGACGCCCGAUGAGCAGGCGCAAGUGCUGCGUGAGCUCCCGCUGCGGGAGUUCGACCAGCGCCUCGCCGACGUGGUUCAGAAGAUGAACAUCCCGCGCUGCAAAGAUUUCCACCUGCGCGGAGGCGGCGCGCGGCUAUAG